GCCUGCCUCUGCCUCCCAAGUGCUGGGAUUAAAGGCGUGCGCCACCACCGCCUGGCCUCAAAUCCUUUUUCUUAACUCUUAUUCCUCUCUCCCUAAGAUUACCUUUCAUCUCCUUGAGAAAAACAGCCUCUUUAGAUAAAUUUUUGCCCAUGAUCGAUGGGACGACAUACUUACCUCAAGACUCUCCCGCGUUGCACGAGUGAUGCAGUCCGGGCGUCUCUACCCUGAUCCUCUCCGGGGCCCCUUCCAUUGUCCGUCAUCCGGCAGGUCACCGUGCCUCGAGCCCCACGUUCGGGCGCCACUUGACCCGUCCCGCGGGCCAGGUUAUUGGGGAGACCCGAGGAGGCACCUCCUGAAAGAUCAAUGGGGGCGAGAGAGAAGGGAGACCAGGCGCAAUAAGGGAAGACAGAGUCAGUCUGAGUCGCAUCAAGGUCUCGUUUAUUGACUGGGUAUUGAGGUUUAUAAGCAGGGCUUCAGGCAGGGAGGGGGAGCAGAGAGAGAAGAAUGAAAAAUUCCUGAGGAAGGGUGAGGUCGCUUUGGUCCCAGGCCCCUGCAGCUAACUGAUUAGCACGUACUACAGGAAGUUGUACAGCCCGAGGUUAGGCCAGGAACCUGUUUUUUGCAAGGUUUGAUAAAGUAAGGAAGGUCACACAAAAUUCAAGACGCAGCUGUCCGGGGUCGGCCCCCAACAGUUCCCAUGUCACAAUCAGAACUUCUCCAGAACACAGACAGACCCAUUCUACAUCACUGAGGAUGGUCCCUCCUCGGGCUGACCCUAGACUAUGCACACUAACUACUCCAGCCCACCAGACAAAGGGGACAUGUAUGGAGAUGGCUCACAGGCAGUGGCCAGACACCCGGGCUUCUCAGCAGCAGCAGACACCACAUUGUCUUCUUAGAGAAAAGCUUGGACCUCGUGAGCAAGCCCAGGCCAGGGUACUAGUGGCUGAGUCCCACCAAAAAGAGAAGAGUAUGAUUCUCCAGAGGGCAGCCACUCCAAAAGAAACUGUUCCACAAGUAAACCAGUGGGGGUAGGGGGAGUCAGGGAGCCUGCCUGAGAACCAGAUGAACAAGGACCUAUCUACAGUCCACCCACAUCCAGCUCAGCCCACCUCAUUAGAAGAUACACAAGAGACUUGUCACUGGGGGCUAUAGGCAGAUGGCAAGAGGCACACAGACCACUAGCCCUCUGGGAAAUGCAAACAAGGAGAUGCCUAUCUCCCUACACCAAAUGCUGGCGAGGCGCGAAACCCCAUGCGGCUGGUAGGAAUGAAUGAGAAAUGGCACGGGCUCUCUGUAAAGCAGCCUGGCUGAUCCUUACCAAAGGAAACAGGCAGCUUAGGACGUAGCAACUGCAUUCCCGAGUGAUAAUAGGCAAGCUCCGCAAGUUGCACACUGGACAAUUACAUUUGUCUAACAUGUUGACAGCUGAGUCUAAAAGGGGGAGGGGAGGCGACAGAUCAGUGGUUUGCUUGAGGUCUGAGACGCCGGCUUCUCCAGCAUCGGAGACCCUAACGUUGUAUACUAGUCACGCAAAAUGGCGUCCCCAGGGAGACUCAGCCAAACACAAAGCAGUUCUCCAUUAUUUCUCCCUAACUGAUUGAAUUGCAACGAUCUCAAAGCGCGGUGGGGCACACCUAUAAUCCCAGGGCUCGAAAAAGGUUGAAGCAGGAGAUUGCUAGUUCUAAGAUAAAAGCCAGGAGCCAGGGAUCAAGAACAGAGCGGAGGAGGUCUGAGCCAGGCUUUGACUGGGGAAUCAGUCGGGUCCAGGGCGGCCACAUGCCGUGCACACUGGGCAUCUGCCGUCCCGGGAGCUGAUGGGCAGAACAAGUGACAAGCCCGAAGACUAAGAAACACGACCCGAGGACUGCAGAACUGCUCGGAACCCUGAGAAGAGGAGGCGUCUCUGCGCCGUGAACGCCGGGAGAAAAGCGCCGCCAGCUGUCCAGAAGUCUGCACAGCCGCAGACACCUCCUUGGCAUCGCCUCAAGCUAUGCGCAAGGCCGCAGCUGCAGCACCGCCACAGAGAGGUCGGGCCGCGCUUCCUAGAGCGGCCCCGAAGGGGCGGGGAGAGGUGGGCGGGUCUACGGAGCCGAGCGCAGCACCACAGAGAGGCCUGGCGACGGCGCCUAGAGCGGCGCCAGAAGGGCGUGAAUGAAAGGGCGGGGCUACCGAGCACGCGGUGCUACCACCGAGAGCCCCGCAAGGCUCCUAGAGAGGUACCGGAGACGGCUUAGAACGGUGGGCGGGGCUAUGGUGCGCGCGGCAGCACCACCGAGAGGCCGGGGAAGGUAGAGCGGCACCAGAGGGGCGGGCGCCUUCAGGCGCGGGAGAGGCGGGAGUGGCGGGUCAAGUGGGGAUUGUAACCGUUGUCUGCCCGCCCGCCUGCCCACGGCCAAGUUCAGCCGGCAUCUGCGCCCGACACCCACCAGUUUUCAGUAAGGAUGAGCCUUGGUGAACAAACGCCAGACACCUGAGGCCUGCUUGUUACGCCUCUCACCAAAGUGAUGGUGUUUGAAUUGGUACUGAGCUUGGAUGCUGUCAGAUAAGGACUCUCUCAGACGUCUCCUCCUGAGCUGUCCCACAAAAGACAAACGCUUUCGGAUGGUGACGUUCAGACUCCGAAUCCAGAUAAGAACUUUAUCUGCUGGGUUAGAAACAAAAGGACAGUGGUUCUAUCUGCUUGGUGCCAAAAUGCAGCUUCAUAAGCAGGAUGUGGUGAGCUGUCCCCGACAGAGUGAAGUCACAAAGAAGCCAGGCAGCCACUAGCUGGGAGCCCUCAGCCUUCCCUGGCUUCCAGGGUGUUUUCCACUUCCUAGGAGCAGCAAUGGAAAAGCCUGCAGGCAGGAAAAAGAAGACCCAGACCCCCAAAGAGGAAGCAGGUGCUCAAAAGGCCACUGCCAAAGGGGAGAAAGCACCACGGGGGAAAAAGCCAACCAAGAGGAGGCCCCGGAAGCCCCGCAAACAGACUGUCCUGAGUCCCGAAGACGAGGCGCAUAUCUUUGAUGCCUUCGAUGCCUCUUUUAAAGAUGACUUUGAGGGUGUCCCCGUGUUUAUUCCUUUUCAGAGGAAGAAGCCCUAUGAGUGCGGUGAGUGCGGACGAAUCUUUAAACACAAGACAGAUCACAUUCGCCACCAGAGAGUUCACACUGGAGAGAAGCCCUUUAAGUGUGACCAGUGUGGGAAGACCUUCAGGCACAGCUCAGAUGUCACCAAACAUCUGAGAAUCCAUACCGGUGAGAAACCCUUUAAAUGUGGGGAGUGUGGAAAGGCCUUCAACUGUGGCUCCAAUCUUCUGAAACACCAGAAAACGCACACUGGAGAGAAGCCUUAUGGCUGUGAGGAGUGUGGAAAAUCCUUCGCCUACAGCUCCUGCCUCAUCCGGCAUCGGAAGCGUCAUCCGAGGAAGAAGCACUGAGCAGGGCAGCCGACAACUGUAGAUCUUUUUCAAACAUCAGAUGUUGGUCUAGGUUUCCGAUGCAGUAUGCUACUGAUGGCUCAUGUGACUGCCUCUCCCUGUCAUCGAAAGGAGAACCCACCCAUCAGACCUAAGAACCCACAGAGGCCUUCUGCCCUGUGAGUCCUCACUUGGUGGUAACACGGUGCUCCCCGGGGCUUCCUGCAGCUCCAGACGUUUUCCAGACUACUUCAUUCUACUCAGGACCAUCUUUGGAACAGCUUUGGGUCACCGAGAACUUACAGCUAAAGAGACACCCCUGUUGGCGAGGGCCACUGCCUCCCUCUGCUGCCUCUGUCUGCAUCAUCCACUGUGUGAUGAUCAGUUCUUUUGAAGGCUCCUGGCUCUGGAUACCUGGCCCCAUGAAGUCUGCUAGGGGCAAGGACCCCUGAGGUGGAUGGCAGGCAGCACUGAGCAGCUCUGAGGACCCAGCUCCCCGUGGACAGCACCAGAGCUUGUUCCUCUCUGCAGCUAACUUUGGUGAUCUCGAAAUUUCUCUCUUGCUGAACCAACAGUCUCUGAGCUCAGCCCCAGUGCCUGAAACUGGACUGCACUGUGUACCCUUGUCCCAGCCACCAUCGUAGACAAGUAGCCUGGACUCAAAGUGGCCUCAGUGGACCCUUGCACCCUACCAUAGUGGUAGAUUGUUUAGGCUAGGCCUUGUAGCUCCAGGGUGUCAGCAGCAGCUUCCACCCACUGUACCUUCAGAAACAACUGUGGCCCUGCCCCGUGGCAGCCCACCAUUCAGGUCAGCUCCACUUCCUGCCUGUGGUUGUGCCUGCCCUCUGUCCCAGGUGCUCUAUGAGGUCUGUGUUCUAAGGACAGCAAAGUGACUGCUGACCAGAAGGGAUGCACAGGACAGAGCCCAGACACAGAAUGCCAUGUAGUCAAAUACUUGCCCGCCUCAGGCUGGCCCUGGAAAACACCUGCAGCAGUGCCUGGGAGGCAGAGUCCAGUCAGCCCUCCAGCGAACAGGCUGCAGUGCAGAUCUUCCGAGCAAGAAGCUCAGAGAAGUCAAGAGAAUCAGUGUCUACUUCCACCACAGGGCACUGAGAUGCCCACUGGGUCAUGCGCCAAGGAGGCUGUCAUCACAGAAUCCGUUGGCAACAGGAAAGCUGUAGGUGGAUGAGCUCAGGGAGGCCUUCUGGAUGCCAUGUGGUAACUACAGGGUACUUUGACUUGUCCCUACCCUGAAGUUAAGGUGGCUACAUCACAUCAUUCACCAGCGACCAUUAGUUCUGGCUCACUGUCAGCCUACCAGACAGUCCCCAGCACCAGCUCUUUACUUCAGUGAGACACACUUCAGCCUCCCUGGAACAAACUAAAUGCUCAGAACCUUCUAGAUGUCUUGAGAUGUGUCCUGGGGCAAUGAAGAGCACUCCAGCAGUGUAUUGGGAUUCUAAUUACAGAAGCAUACUCAACUGCAGCUAGAAAUUUCUGAGAGGUACGAGGCAGCUCCACCUGGCAGCACCUCAGCUGCUACCUCUGGCGGGCCUUCUCCUGCAGGAAGGGCUCUGACCAGCACAGCUGCUGCUCAGCCUCACUUAGAGCUGAGAGCACUAUUGGGGCCUGACGACAAGCAAGUGAACGAGAGCUCUGAGCUGCAUUAGCAUCCGUUCCUUCGGUCUCCUCCGGCCAAGUGAGACGUCAGAAGCCACCUCUAGGGAGAAUCAGAAGUAGCCCUGGACUAGGCCCAGGACUCUUCUGUUGAGGAGACCACUGGUUUAGACUUGAUUCUAGCUGACAACUUCAGUUCCUGGAAGUCUGUAGCUCCAGGGCACACCUGGGCUCCAUUCCUCCUUGAUCUUGGAUCCAUCCCAGUUUGACAUCAAGACACGAUCAUUUCCUGUGCCAGUGAGUUCGGAUGCCAAGAUGCCCUGAAGAGUAAGGCAAGACCAGGGCCCUGGGAAGAAAGGCUGUGUACCCUAACUCAAGGGACAGAUGCUCUGUGGCUUCAAGGGAAGAUUUGGGGGAAUGGGGUCACCUCUGGUGUGGACCUCAGGUAUAGUGCAGACAAGGAGACUAGCCUAUGUGCUACAUUUACCCUAGGCCAAGAGAUGGCUCCCACUGUCAGCCUACCCCUUCUAGAACUUUGCGCCUGUGGAGUUGGGUGUUUGCUUUCUCCUGGUUCCUUCUGAAGGAAGACAAGUAGAUUACCCUCUCCUGACUCAGAUCCCCUGGGACUGAUGCUUUCCUGUGGCAACUCCCAGCCAACACCCAGGUGAGGCAUUGCUCUGUAGCUGGGCCUGCAGGCAUUUGGCUCUGGACCUGAAGGGGAUUCUUGGCUCCUGUGAACUGGCAGCACCCAACUGGCCUGUCCACACCUCACCUCGGCCACAUCAGCAAUCUGGUGGAACCUCAUCUUUCUUGUAUCUGGCUGGGGCAGAGACACCUGUGUGUCCUAACGCCCUGUACAUUCCCUGCAGGGUGUCUCCUGCCCUCCUGUGCUAAAUUGCAGUGAGUGGAUUUCCACAAGACUGACUGACUGCUCCUGGCUACCUCCACACUACACCACCAUCAUCUUGUUCUGUCUCUCUCAUUGGUUCAAUGAGCCCGCUGUUUAAGUCCUGUGGGUUUCUCACAGAUUGUUAUCUCGGAGAUUUCUUUUCUGCUUGCUCUGGUCAGUGGAUUCAGUUUUGCAGGGGUUCAGGUGUGCAAUUGGACUUUGUCAGGCUGCUAGCUCCCAAAUAAUGACAUGGAGACUUAUUAUGAAUGCUUGGCCUUUAGCUUAGGCUGGUUCCCAAUGAGCUCUUAUAAAAUUAACCUACAUUAAUUUUUCUAUUAAUCUACAUUCUGCCACAUGGCCUUUUACCUCUCUCCCAUUCUGUGUGCCCGACUCUCUCGGUGUCUCCCUGGCAUCUCUCGUGCCCUAGAUUCUUCCUGAGUUCCUCUCUUUCCCAGAAGUCCCGCCUAUUCUCUCCUGCCUAGCUGUUGGCCAUUCAGUUCUUUGUUAAACCAAUCACAAUACACAUCUUCAGACAGUUGUAAACAAGUAUCUCGCAACACAGAUGUCUUUGGGGUAUGGAUGAUGUUGAAGUAUUAUUUUAUGCUGUUCCACUUUAUUAAAAAGCUGGCUCUGAGCUGGGCGGUGGUGGCGCACGCCUUUAAUCCCAGCACUCGGGAGGCAGAGCCAGGCGGAUUUCUGUGAGUUCGAGGCCAGCCUGGGCUACCAAGUGAGUCCCAGGAAAGGCACAAAGCUACAGAGAGAAAUCCUGUCUUGAAAAACCAAAAAAAAAAAAAAAAAAAAAAAAAAAAAAAGCUGGCUCUGGACUUGGAUUAUGGCCCUCCUCUCCUGACCCAAGCAUGCCUGUUUAAAAGUUUCCUCUAAAAUCUCUGUCUUGGGUCAGACAGGUCUUCUGCCUCUGACAGGGAAAGGAAAAACAGCCCAGGAGAAGACACUCAGUGCUUCAAAACAGCUGGAGUGACUAUUCCAAUAGGAAUUGCUGCUGUUUAUCUCACACCCCUUUUCUUGGUUUUACUUAACUCCAACUUUUGCUAAAAUAUAAAUUCAUCUCAAGAUUGUAAGACUAUUAUAUCAACUUUCUGUGCCUUGAGGUUUGUAAGUGUAUUGGAUAUGGUUAAACAUCUGUAAAGAAAACAAAAGCAGGGCUGGAGAGAUGGCUCAGAGGUUAAGAGCACUGACUGCUCUUCCAGAGGUCCUGAGUUCAAUUCCCAGCAACCACAUGGUGGCUCACAACCAUCUGUAAUGAGAUUUGGUGCCCUCUUCUGGCCUGCAGGGAUAUAUGCUGUAUAUGUAAUAAAUAAAUACAUCUUUAAAAAAAAAAGAAAAGAAAAGCAACCUGAUGCCAACAUUUCCUGAGUUCCCAUAGUUGUCUUGUUUUUAAGGUUUUCUGCCUAAUGGCCUCUAGGUUACAGGUACUUAAGUUAUUCUGCAACCUGACGACUUUAUAAAAAAAUACUUCUGAAGCUUUUCAAGUCGUCUGCCUCCAUCUGCAGACACACACAAACUGGUUAUAAAGGAAAAUUAAACCCUCUGUCUAAAAUCCCUCAUUAGUAACUCCAGAUAUGAGUUGAGCUUGUUGAAAGUUAGUAUUAAAGGUGUGAUGGCGCAUGCUUCUAAUCCCAGCACUCAGGAGGCAGAGGCAGGCAGAUCUCUGUGAGUUCAAGGCCAACCUGGUCUACAGAGCAAGUUCUAGGACAGCCAGGGGCCACACAAAGACACCCUGUCUCAAAUUUAAAAAAGUUACUAUUCCUUCUAAAAGGACGAAAUAGACCAGGUCACUGGGCCUUCACCUGAGCAUCCAGGCGCUCCAUCCUCCUAAUUUAUGCACUUAGGCCCAAACUGCAUGAAGCCUCAAGGUUUUCUGGAAAAGCUAAGGCUUACAGGCUACAAACUAACAAGGAUGGGGCCACCUCUGCAGCAGUGGGAAGGCUGUUAAACAUACUGGGUAGAGGCUGCAGGUACUGUCUGACACCCCCUUAGGAAAAAGUCCUUACAACAAAUGGUAUAUUUAUUUGCUACUAUUGUGUCUUAUUUAGUUUUUAUUUAAAUUUUUAAUCAAAAAAGACAUAAUAAAAAUUAAAAUGGCUAACUGUAAUUACAGGUGUCUAGCUCUGACUUCUCCUUCUCUUGGUUCUUUUUUGUCUUUUUCUUUUUUUUUUAAUUUUCCGGAGCUGAGGACCGAACCUGGGGCCUUGUGCUUGGUAGGCAAGCGCUCUACCACUGAGCUAAAUCCCCAACCUCCGUCUUUUUCUUUUAUGUGCACAUUUGACUGGGUGAGGAUGUUGGACCUCCUGGAACUGGAGUUACAGACAGUUGUGAGCUGCCAUGUGGGUGCUGGGAAUUGAACCCGGGUCCUCAGGAAGAAGAGCAGCCAGUGCUCUUAACCACGGAGCCAUCUCUCCAGCCUCAUUUUUGUUGGUUCUUGUUAACAAAAAAAAAAAAAAAAAAAAAGUGCCCCCAUUCAAGGUCAUGUAUAUGCAGAGCUCUUGAUAAAAUGUAAGACCAGUGGGGAAGGGUGGUGGCCUGUAAAAUUCCAAGCAAAAAAUUGCUUACCGAUUAAGAUUUCCAAAUUCCUAUGGUUAUAGCAGUCUGCUCAGGGUAACAGAAACUGACUUAGAUAAGUAUGCCUAGCUACUUACGUCUUUGCUAACUGUGUUCAACACCAGGCUUCUAAAAAUUUUUAGAUUAAAAAAAAAGUUUGGGCCGGGCGGUGGUGGCGCACGCCUUUAAUCCCAGCACUCGGGAGGCAGAGGCAGGCGGAUCUCUGUGAGUUCGAGGCCAGCCUGGUCUCCAAAACGAGUACCAGGAAAGGCGCAAAGCUACACAGAGAAACCCUGUCUCGAAAAACAAAAACAAAAAAAAAAACAAAAAAAAAAAGUUUGAUAAGUAGGAUAUAUUUGAUAAAUAAGUUUUAUAAACUCCUUAGGCCUGCUUGGGCUAGCAGAAACUGACUUAAAGAUAUCGGUCUAGUCUCUGUCUUUGCUAACUUUGUUAAGCUUUAGCUAUUUGGAUAAACUGAGCCAUUCGGAAAAACUGUGAUACAAAAAGAUUUAAAAAAAAAAAAAAAGGCUCUCAAUCUCUCCGUGGACUGUAUUUAUGUUUGUAAAUUUCCCAGUCCCUUAUGGACUGUAUUUAUGGUUUAAAGUUUUAUUUUACUGCCAGAGGAUUUUCAAUUAAAUCUUCAAUUCAAAAUUUGAAGGUUAAAACUUAACAGGGAUAAAACUGUAAAAUCUUAAUCUUGUAAAAGUUGCUAACUUGUUGUAAACUGUUACAGAUAAUUAAGAUAUGCAAGGCAAUGGUCAGUCACCUAAUAAAGGAUCAAAUUCUUGAAUGUGCCUAGACCGUUUUUAUAGUCACGCUAAGUCAUUCAUUUACAGUAUGACAAGCUUUAGCUUAACAUGUAUGUUUUCAAGGUUAAGCCUAAAGCAAGUAACUGAAAAAGUAAUGGUUAGAGUUCUGCCAACGGCUGGUCUCUGAGCCAGGGAAGCCGUCAGGGAGGUCUUCUAAACAUAAUCACAGAAAGGGUAAAUUCCCUCUAUUUGGGGUGCGGUGGGCCAGAAGCAAAGGAAGGAAGUCUACACACCCUUUGCUGAACUGAGUUUUAUGAGGUUUUUUGGGUUUUUUGUUUGGUUUUUGAAUGUCCUGUUUGUUUGGAUUUUUGUUUGUUUAUACCUGCCCAGAAUUCUGAGGUCUGUAAACACAAUGGAAUCGUUUUGUUUGAGACAGGAUUUCUCUGUGUAUGUAGCCCUGGCUGUCCUGGAUUUUGCUCUGUAGACCAGGCUGGCCUCAAACUCAGAGAUCUGCUUGCUUCUACCUCUUGGGAUUAAAGGUGUGCAUCCCCACUGGCUGGGGAUGUUUUUUAUCUGUGUCUAAAGCUUUAGCUAGUAAUUGAGAGGUUUUGGCUAUGAAAGCCAGGCCAUUGUUGGGCCCCAUUGCUGGGGGGGUGGGGGGAGCAGGAGACAAAGCAGGGGACCAGUUCCUGGAGGAGCUUUUAAGCUAUUUGAGCAGUUUUGGUCUGGAUGGGGAACAUGUCUACCCACCCAGAAAAGGUACCUAUAAAAACUAGCAAGUACUUGUAUACUCCCCUGGCAGGCCUGAUCUCAGUGAAGUUGUUUUCCCAGAGUUCACUUUCAUCUGGACCCCUUCCUGGGUGAGAGCUCUCUGUUUUGGGUUUACUUGAGCACAAACCUGGCAUCUGGCUGAGAGACAUCCUGAGCCAGGGUGUCCAGUGUAGGUGUAACAGACCUUCAUCUGAGCAACUCAGAAAGUUUUGUGGACCCCAGAUGAGUAGCCUGGUGAAGGUCAGUUCCUAGAGUCCUGCCAAUUGUUUCUGGGAGAAUGAUCCUAGAAUCUUGCCCUCUGGUGUCCUCCAUCCACCUGUGACUUUGAGCUGUCCAUUUGUUGGCAUGCCCCUUUUUUCUCUGGGUUGUACCACGGAGUCUCAGGCAACAGUGGGUCGGGGAAUGUCACCGGAGUAUCACUAGGCCCCAUUGGUUUUUGUCAGGCAGCCUGGUUACCUCCUGCCUCAGGGGAGUCAUCUUCUUAUGUUCUCAGGAGUGGAUAGCAGUUCAUAGGGAAAGCCAAAGAGCCUGUAGGAGGGCCCAGAUUUUCUCUACCCCACUCCACCCCCAGUGGUAAGAAGCCCUCUUUUUCUGUAGAUCAUACCAUGGGCAUGCAAGGUAGUAAACGCAGAGCGAAUGUCUGUGUAUAGUGUGAUGGACUUUUCCUUUUCCCCAGUCUGAUCAAUCUGUUCUGCUCUCUAGGCUGAGGUGCCUGGCUUGGGCCAAAAUGGCUUCAGUUAAAGUAACUAUGGCAGCCCUCAUGUAGCUGGUUUCAGCUUUCACCUUUCUGUGACAAUCAUGGAGGAGCACCCGUGGGUCAUUAGCGGACAAGAGGAUUAGCAGGGUUGAUGGCAGUGGGUUUCUCAAACCAGACUUGAUGGCUGUGGUGGUUUGAAAGAAAAUGACUCCCAUAGGGAGUGGCGCCGUUGGGAGGUAUGGCUUUGUUAGAGUAGGUAUGGCCUUGUUGGAGGGAGUGUGUCACUGUGGGGGUGGGCUUUGAAGUCUCUUAUAUUCAAGUAAGCUUGGUGUGGCACACAGUUGCUUCUUCUGCUUGUAGAUCUCCAGCACCAUGUCUGCCUACAUACUGCCAUGUUUCCCGCCAAGACAAUAAAUCUCUGAAACUGUAAGAGCCCCAAUUAAAUGUUUUCCUUUAUAAAAGUUGCCUUGAUCACAACAAUAGAACCCCUAAGACAAGGGUGGACCAGGAGUAGGGCCUGGUACUGAAUCACAUAUAAGAUUUCUAGCUACACCCCCAUGACCGAGCAUGUGCUUAGUCAUUGGGGCGGGUGUGUGUGUGUGUGUGUGUGUGUGUGUGCUUACAUCCUACGUAUUCCAUGUGCGCUGCGUGGUCACGUAAUUUGUGCAUCAUGAUCACAUAGUCUAUGUGCAUGUGUGGCGUAGCUAUGAAAGCCCAUAUGCACAUACAUGGGGCGGGAGGGGGGCGCAGGGAGGGAGUCCAUAAAAGGCAGAUCCCAUGUACUGUCUGUUGGUUUUAAAAAAUAAGCGGAGCUGGUUACCGUGCGAGGAAAGGUCAGAGGCACGACAAAGCCCAGUGUCAGAGCUUUAUUAGGAGGAAGUGGGGAACAGAAGAGAGUGUGGCCAGGCCUGGGGCAGAGACACAUGCAGGAGAGAGGGAGGGGUUGGGGGAGGAAAGAGCAGAAGAGGAGGGAGGCGUCUGUGUCCGGCUUUUUAAGGAUUCCCCUGCACAUGCGCAGGUGGGCUUACCGAGCUACGCCACUCAUGCACUGAUUGCAUGACCAUGCUGCGAGCAUUUGCACAAUCACACAGCGCACUGAUAACUGAGACCCCUUACUUAGCUACUGAACUGUGCAUGUGCGGUCAUAUAGCUGGAGGGGCAGGAUCCUAACACUAUCCCCCUCUUCUUCCUGCACAAAUCUUUCAGUAGGCCUAAGCACACCUUUUCUGUCCCCUCUUCCUCCCAAUAAACUCUUAUAGUGGG